AAGACCAAGGCGAGGGCUGCGGGGACGGUAUAUUGAUCACCAUGGCCGCUGGCUUCGUCGCUCGUUUUCCCAAAGUUUUCUUCAGCAAAAACUUCCCCAAAGCUCUCAUCGCAUCGAAGAGUCGUCAGGGGCCACGGCAUGUUUAUACACUGACGGGUUUGAGAUCACUGACCCGAUAUGAUGAAACAACUGUAAAUGUUGAUUGGCAAAAGAAGCUAACCCCUGAGCAAUACUAUGUAACUCGAGAAAAGGGAACAGAACUGCCUUUCAGUGGAAUCUAUCUGAAUAAUACUGAACAAGGAAUAUAUCAUUGUGUGUGCUGCAAUGCUGCACUGUUCAGCUCUGAAACCAAGUACGAUUCUGGCACUGGUUGGCCUUCUUUCUGGCAAGUUUAUGGUACAGUGGACAGUGACGAAACCAACACCAAUGCACUACGCCGACCAGAUAACUCUAUGGGAUCAACUGGAACAGAAGUUAUCUGUAAAAAGUGCGAUGCACACCUUGGCCAUGUGUUUGAUGAUGGACCAGAACCUACAGGACAUCGAUUUUGCAUCAACAGCAUUGCAUUAACUUUCAAACCCAAGUCAACAGAAUGAUUUCUAACAGAACACUGUAUAGUAAUUUGUUUUGUAAUAACUGGUUUAACCUAGACUGAUGACCCAGCAGUGACAAUUCCAUAAAUUCACACCACUGUUUGCUUCCCUAGUGGCUUCUUCUGAGUGGUACUUCAAAGUAUUUAUUGUGCAUUAACAGAAAAGGCAAAUUAUAUGCAUCAGUGUUUGUGUCAAGGUAUUACAGAGACACUCUUCAAAGAUCAAGCAAACAUUGUUUGUCGGUAUUUACAGUGUUUGAUCCACUAGCCAUAUAAUUUUGUAAGAAAUUAACGUUAAAUUAAUAAAGUGAUUUUAUUUAAUGCAAAUAAUGUUUAAAAUAUCAUAAAAAUAUUACAUGAUCAGAUACAGAAUAUAAAAUGUUAGUGAUACACUGAUAUAAAAUAAUAGGUUAAUGUUUUGAAUAGAUAUCCUUCAUCAGAAUGCAAUGCUAGCUAUAAUAUUGUAUUCUCACUUCUUUUUGAAUUGCCUAAAUGAUGGGCCUUUCUUAAAUUUGCAGAUUUCCUCUUUACCUUUGCAGUAUUAAACUUUGGUCUCCCAGCCUAAAGUAACCCACAUUUAAGAAGUCUUGUAGAUGCCUUCUUGUUUGCAAUAACAACAUUUUCUAUGUGGUAUUCAAAACCAAAAAUUCAAUUUCAAAUGUAUUAUUCAAAUUAUUCUUACAACUGAAAUUUCCUAGUUACCAAGAGAAUCCAUGACCCAUCA